AUGUCGCAAAACAAACUUGCCAAGCAAAUAGCGGAGACAGCCGGUGGUGAUUUCGGAGUAUCUGCACGGUUGGACAUACCCACGGGUAUGAUUGGAUUAUUAGAGCCAUUUCCUAGUGAGGAGGAUCGGGAUGCAUUCUAUGCCUUCCAAAGCAACAAAGAAGGAGAAGACUUCAUGAGGCGCUUGAAGAGAAGUGGAUGUAGCUAUGUAGCACGAACACUUGAUGAUCCUCAGACUAACCUCACAAAGUCGUCCGAGCAUCCUUACCGAUAUUCAGCAUUGAAGCAGCUUGUUGCUCAAUACCCAGCAUCCAUCACUGCCAAGCAGAUGUUUGCGGCGGCAGAUGGUUGUUACACAGCAAAAGGGUACAUCAAGUCAGGAGACUUCAAAGGUGCGGCGAGAGCACUAGCAGAGGCCCUCCGCCAGGAUUGGAUGGAGGCAAACAAGUGCGUAGCCGGCACAUUCUUGGACGACGACAUGGCUGCAUUGGAAUCAGAAAUGAUUGCACUCUACAACAAUGUCUUCCAAGCGAAAGGGCUCCGAUUUGACGCCCUUUUUGUCCACGUCUUCAUUCUCAUGUACCGUGACGAUAUUGAAGGAGGCUAA